AUGUUGCGCUCCUCACUCGCGACCGUCUGCUUUUCGUUUGCGCUCAUCAACAACACAGCCCACGCAGAGAACUGGCCUGAAUUCCGCGGCCCGUCGGGGCAGGGCACUUCGCAACUGAAAGACAUGCCCGUCUCGUGGAGCACCACCGAAAACGUCGCCUGGAAACAGGAACUUCCCGGCACCGGCUGGUCGUCACCCAUCCUCCACAACAACCGCAUCUAUCUCACCACGGCGGUCGUCGGCAGUGAUAGCGACGACGAAGGCGAAAACGAGCAACACACCUUGAAGGUGCUUUGCCUCGACUACGCCGACGGUUCCACCAUUUGGGAAACCGCCGUCUUCACGCCCGAUGCCGAAGCUUCGCCGAACAUCCACAAUAAAAACAGUCACGCCAGCCCGACCCCGCUGAUCGUCGACGACCGGCUCUACGCCCACUUCGGUCAUCAGGGCAUCGCCUGUCUCGACCUCGCCGGCAACAUCAUCUGGCGCAACAACGAAUUCGCCUACCCACCGGUGCAUGGCAACGGAGGCUCCCCGGUCGUCACCGACAAUGCCGUCAUCUUCACUUGCGAUGGGGCAGAAGACCCCUUCGUGAUCGCCCUGCGUCGCAGCGAUGGCUACGAACUGUGGCGCGCACCGCGUCCGGUCGAUGCCACUAAGAAGUUCUCCUUCUGCACCCCGCUGUUGAUUACCGUCGCUGGGCGCGAACAAGUCAUCUGUCCCGGCAGCGAUAUUGUCUCAGCACUCGAUGCCACCACCGGCGAGGAAAUCUGGCAUGUGAAGUACGAUGGCUAUUCGGUUGUACCCCGCCCGGUGUACCACGACGGGCUGCUAUUCAUCUGCACCGGUUUUGGUAAGCCCAACCUGUUGGCCAUCCGUCCCGAUGGUCAGGGCGAUGUAACCGACACCCAUGUGGCCUGGACCGUUUCCAAGGGUGCCCCCAACACGCCAUCGCCCGUCGUCGUGGGCGACGAACUCUUCAUGGUAUCCGAUCGCGGUGUGGCCAGCUGCGUCGAUGCACACUCGGGCGAGCCCAUCUGGCAAGAACGCCUCGGCGGCGGCUUCUCCGCUUCGCCGGUUGCUGCCGACGGCAAGGUCUACUUCCAAAACGAAGCGGGCGAGGGCACCGUGAUCGAAGCCAGCCGGGAAUUCAACGUGCUCUCGAAGAACGAUCUCGCAGAGCAAUCGCUGGCCUCCUAUGCGUUGGCCCCCGGGGCAAUCCUCAUCCGCACUGAGAAGCAUCUCUACCGUAUCGAGCUAAAUGGUCCUGCCGGCAGCCACUUGGUUGCCCCCAACACCCACCACCAGAUCGCAGUUGAUUUCGGCAUGCUCCGCACCAACAUCGCGAAUCGCUCGAACACCUUGAUCCUGGCCUGCGUUGCACUCUGUACAGUGGCACUGGGCACGAAAACAUUCGCCCAGUCCACGCCCGAGAUCGCCGCCGACCACCAAGACCCCACCGCGACCAUCAACCACUUCAUCACGUCGCAUUGGAACGAGGCCGACGUAACUCCCGCCGCCUCGGCAGACGAUGCCACCUUCGUUCGCAGGUUGUAUCUCGACCUGGCCGGCCGCAUCCCUACGGUGGAAGAACGCGACCGUUUUCUAGCCAGCCCCCAGCCCGACAAACGGGCUCAACUGGUUGACGACCUUCUGGCCAGCGAAGACUACGCCGUGCAUAUGGCCGAAAUCUUCGACACGCUCCUAAUGGGCCGCGGCUCGCCGAACGACUAUCGCCAGCGAAAAGCCAACGGUUGGGUCGACUAUCUCCAGCGGGUGUUCCGCGAGAAUCGCCCUUGGAACGACGUCGCUCGCGAAAUCCUGCUCGCCCGCCCCACCGGCGAAGUCGAUCAGGGCAGUGUCUGGUUUCUCUACGAACGCAACAAUCAGCAUCAGGCCAUCGCCGAGGCCAUCGGUCCGGCCUUCUUUGGCACCCGCAUCGAAUGCGCUCAGUGUCACGAUCAUCCGUUGUGCGCCGAGAUCGAACAAGAACACUACUGGGGUCUCGUGGCCUUCUACCGACGUGGCACCAACGUAAAGACCGACAACGGCCCCCGCAUCGCCGAGUCGGCCAUCGGCGGGUUCGAAGAGUACGCCAAUAUCUACGGCGAAAGUCACCCGAACGUGUUGAGUAUGCUCGACUCCGAACCCGUCGCCGAACCUCGCCCCGCACCAGACGAGAAGCAGGAAGACUCCGACGACCUGUAUCGCGCGGCCGCCGUCGAGGGCGAUCCCCGCGUCCCCAUCUUCUCCCGUCGCGAGAAGUUCGUCGAAGAAAUCCUCACCGACCAACCCCGAGUUCCCAGUGCUUUCGUAAACCGCAUCUGGGCGAUGCUCCUGGGGCGAGGCAUCAUUCAUCCCUUCGACGAGAUGGACUCGAUGCACGACGCCAGUCACCCCGAGCUACUCGACUGGCUCGCCGAAGACUUCACCACGAAUGGCUUUGACAUCAAGCGCCUCGUUCGUGCCAUCGCGCUCAGUGAAGCCUACGCGCUGGAAUCUCUACGGCCCGAGGGCAUCGACGACCCUGCUCACUUUGCCUGGGCAUUGCAGAAGCCACUCACAGCCGAGCAGUACGCACGCUCGCUGCAACUCGUGCUGCAUGGCCACAUGAACGAAUCGGCCGAUAUCAUCAAUCCGCUCCGCGAGCAGUUUGCCGAAGUGCUACCCGAGGAGACCAACACCCCCGUGAAGAACGCGUUGUUCCUUAGCAACACCCCGGCGUUCGAUCAGUUCAUCCGCACGAGCCACUCGGCCGAUCACCUCGUGCCCCGGCUGAUGGAAUUAGACACACACGAUGCCCGCGUCGACACGCUCUUCCAAACAUCGCUGGGCCGCGCCCCUUCCGAAGAAGAGCAGGCCGCCGCAGUCGCCUUCUUGCAGGGAAACCAAGCACCCAUGUCCGCCAAGCCCCACAAACCAUCGCGCAACGACUGCGGCAGCCCCGAGCAUACGCUGCACCGGCGAUUGUUCUUGCAGGGCACCAUGGCCGCCGGCACCGCAUCGGUCGCCAGCUUUAACGGCUUGUUCUCCAUUCCCGCUUUCGCCCAACAGGCCCAGCAAAACGCCAAACGCUGCAUCCUGUUGUGGCUCUGCGGGGCUCCCAGCCAGUUUGAAACGUGGGACCCCAAGCCCGGCACCUCAACCGGCGGGCCGUUCGGGGCAAUCGACACCACAAUCCCCGGCAUUCAAAUCAGCGAGCUGAUGCCCAAGUGCGCGACGAUCAUCGACAAGCUGGCCGUGAUCCGCUCAAUGAAGACUAAGCCGUCGGAGCACUUUCAGGCCAUCGACAUGCUCACUCGCGGCGAAGGUCCCCGUCCGCCGUUCACCCGCCCGUUGCUGGGAUCCGUAGUCGCCCAACAACUCGGCCAGCUCGAUUCGCCCGUGCCGCAGUUCGUUCUGCUCGACCCUUGCCCCGAAGGCAACGAGUUCAAGUCGUUCAAAGCCGGCAAUUGGGCGGGCUGGCUCGGCGCCGAGUACGGCCCGGUUCGCGCCGGCGGGGAAUACACCAUUCCCGAUCUCGUGCGACCAGAAGCGCUAACCGAAGUCGACCACGCUGAUCGCGAGGCCUUGCGUCGCUUCUUCAGUCGCAAGUUCGAAAACGACCAGCGCAGCCAAGCCGCCGCUUCAUACAAUGCCGCGUUCGAACGCGUGAACGGCCUCAUGAGUUCCGCGCCUCUGUUCGAUAUGAAUCAAUUGCCCGAGGCCGACCGCCAGCGUUACGGCCCCGGUGCCUUCGCCCAACACGCCCUGCAGGCCCGGCACCUCAUCGAGAACGGCAGCACGUUUGUCAUGGUGGCCAACGGUAUGCCCUGGGACAAUCACGUCUACAACCACGAGAUGCACCAGAUGCUGGUGCCUGAGUUGGACCAGGUGCUGUUCCAUUUGGUGAACGAUCUCGAAGAACGUGGCAUGCUCGAAGACACCCUCGUUAUCGCCAUGGGCGAGUUCGGCCGCACCCCUUGGCUCAACGGCGCGCGAGGCCGCGACCAUUACCCCAAUGCCUGGAGCAUGGCCAUGGCCGGUUGCGGUAUUCAACCCGGUGCGGUGCACGGCGCGACCGACGAGUUGGGCAACGAAGUGAUCGAGGGCGAGAUCGACAACCGCCGGCUGUUCGCCACCUUCUUCUCCGCCCUGGGAAUCGACCCGCACGAAGAAUACGACCUGCCCGGGCUGCCUACGUUCCAACGUGUCGAAGGCGAUGCCGAACCGCUCCAGGAGACGCUGUUCGCCUCGUGCAUGGACGGGGUGUAUCGCGUGAAUGUCGACUCGGGCGAAUACGAACUGCUCGACAAACACGAAAGCUACGCCAGUUCCGCAGCCCUGCUUCCCGAAAGCAACACGUUAAUCACCGCCGGGUACGACGGCGCUCUGCAGUGGUUCGAUCUAGAAAAGAACGAACGAAUCCGCCGCGUUCCCUUGCACGGGUUUUGGUCGUGGGAGAUGGCCCUCUCUCCCGACAAGCAACUCGUGGCAUCCGUCACAGGGCAGUACCUCGCCGGCGGCUAUCGCUACGAACCUCAGGCCGAACGCGAACCCUCAGUCCAGGUGCUCUCAGCCACCUCGGGCGAAAUCCUGCACAGCUUCCCGCACGUUCCUUCAGUGCAAGCCGUGGCGUUCAGUCCCGACAGUCGCUACGUCGCGGCCGGCAACCUCAUGGGCGAGGUUCGCGUGUGGGACCUGACGACCGGUGAGAUGGCGGCCAACUGGACUACGCCCGACUUCACGAGUUGGGGCAUCAUUAAAAGCCAUUGUUACCUCGGCGGAAUCUUCGCGCUGCGGUUCACGCCCGAUGGCUCUGCACUGCUGCUGGCCGGCAUGGGCCCCAUGCGCGACCCCAUGGCCGGCAACGGUCGCCAGCUAUGGGAAAAGUUCGCCUGGCAAGAAAGCCCUCCGCGGAAGAUCGACGAAACCCAUAAAGACGAGUCGGGCGAAGGCCUCAUGGAAGCCCUGGCCGUUCAUCCCGCAGGCGAUCGCUUCGUGAUGGGAGGUCGCCUCCGCGGCGGUUCCUGGAACGUCGCCCUGUUCAGCACCGAAGACGGUCGCCUGCUCGACUCGCUCAAGACCGAAUGCCGAGUCACGGGGGCCCACUUCACCGCCGACGGCCAGCGGCUCAUCCUCACCGGCACGCAAGGACAGGGCGUUACGCAUGGCUCCGAAGUUCGCGUGAAACUCCUGUCGUUCAACAUCCGCUACGGAACCGCCAACGACGGGAAAGAUGCCUGGCCGCUACGGCAUGAAUUGGUCUACGACGUGAUUCGCUCACAGCAGCCCGACUUCUGCGGACUGCAGGAAGCCUUGCGUUUCCAGAUCGAUGCCAUCCGCAAGAACCUGCCCGAGUAUGAAGAAUUCGGCGUCGGACGCGAUGACGGCAAGACCAAGGGCGAAUACUCGGCCAUUCUCUACCGCAAAGAUCGCUGGCAGUUAGACACCGGAGAAACGCUCUGGUACUCCGACACCCCGACCGAGCCCGCCUCGGCCGAUUGGGGUAAUAGCAUCCCUCGCAUCGUCACCUGGGCCCGCUUCACCGAGAAAGACUCAGGCGCUGAAAUCUACGUCUUCAACACCCAUUUCGAUCACAUCUCGCAGCCUUCACGCCUGAAGAGCGCCGAGUUUCUCUCGAAUCUCAUCGCGGUAAAAGCCGGCACCGCGCCGGUGGUGGUGAUGGGCGACUUCAACGCCGGCGAAGACAACCCGGCCAUUGUUCGACUCAAGAACGAGGACGCCCCCUCAGGGCCGAAGCUGCUCGAUAGCUUCCGUGUCGUUCAUCCCGAUGCCGAAGAGUUCGGCACCUUCAACGGCUUCCGCGGCCGCACGGAUGGAGCCAAAAUCGACUUCGUCUUCGUCGACCCACCCACAACCGUCGAAGCGGCCGAAAUCAUCCGCACCAACGAAGACGGCCGCUACCCGUCGGAUCACUUCCCCGUCUCGGCCGAAGUAGUUCUGCCUUCGAAGUGA